CCCCCCUCCCCUCUCAGCAUCUCUGCAUACUUCCACUCAGAGGAGAACUCUGAGGCUUUAGAACUUUCCCGAGAAACUUUUGAGCUCAAAGUCACCCGAAGGAGGUGUUCCCGCGUGGGACGUCACGCAUGGAGCUCUGAUUGAUUCUUUUACUCCGGAAAACAAAGUGAAGCCCCGCAAGGAGCCUGGGGGUCGUGGGGAGAGGACCGUGACGGGGACUUUGCAGUGAGAUGCUGGAUGUGACUCCAAGCAGCAGCUGGGACGCACGAUGAAAGACGACUUUGCUGAGGAGGAGGACGUGCAGUCCUUCGGCUAUAAGAGGUUUGGAAUCCAGGAGGGAUCGGAGUGUACCAAGUGCAAGAAUGACUGGGUUUUAAGGGCGGCCAUUGCACUCCUGUACGUGUUGUGCGCCCUGCUCACUAUAGCGGUGGCUGUCCUCGGAUACAAAGUGGUCCAGAAGAUGGAGAAUGUCUCAGAAGGGAUGCAAAAUUAUGGAGGCAAGAUCGAUGCUGUGGAGACAGAUUUAAAGAAACUAGAUGAUCAGACGGGAGAGAAAUCAGUAAAUACCACCAAUAACAUUAAAACCUUCAAAUUAAAUCUGGACGCAUUACAAAGCCAACUGCAGAACAUUUCUAUCAGAGCGACCAGCAACAGUCACAUGUUGAAAGAACUUUUAGUAGCAGGAGACAAAACACAGGACGGCCAUGUCUCCCUACAGAGUUUCCUGGAGGGCAACACGGCGUCGCUGCGAGGGAUCAAUCAGACGUUGGCCUCCUACAGUGAAACGAUCAAUGACCUCCAAACAGACACCGCAUCGCUCCAGUCUGAGAUGCAGGGUCAGGUGAAAAUCCAGGGUCAAACCCAGGUCAGCAUCAGCGCGCUGAAUAUCUCCGGGGCGCUCCAGUGGAACCUCCUGAGCACUCUGCAGAAGACCGUCGAAGAUACGGGACAAGCAGUCGAGAAGCUGAAGAAUAAAUAUCAGACCCUGCAGCAGCUCGCCUCAAGCACACAGAACAAAGCGGUGUGGCUCCAGGAAAAAGUCCAAUACCUUCAGGUCUUGGCGGUCAACAACUCCGCCUUGUCCAGAUCCAACGGAGAAACUCUGGAUGACUUAGAAGCUCAGCUGACCGCUCUGACAGGCCGAAUCCAAAAUACCUCAACUCUGUCUGAGGGGCGUGACCAGAGCUUACGAGAGCUGAUGGACCACCAGAGAGACCAUUACAAUGCCACCUCCAUGAAGUUUGAUCAAAUAGAAGCGCGGCUGGACAGACAUGAGAGUGAAAUGAAAGACAUAACGGCAAAUGUCACCUUUUCCGGGAACAUCCUCGGGACCAUCGUGUCUAACCUGAAUGACCUGAGGUCUUGUGCUGAAACCGUAAUCAAACAUACGGACCUGUUGGAGGCGCUCAACGGCAGCCUGGAAGAGGCGAAGGCCGACAGUUUGGGGCUGCGAGCACAGCAGGACGAGCUGGUGACCAGACUGGACAAAGAGGUCAGCAACCUCUCCAUGGUGAUGGAGGAGAUGAAGCUGGUGGACAGCAGGCACUCCCAGCUCAUCACCAACUUUACCAUCCUGCGCGGUCCACCAGGUCCAAAAGGCCCAAAGGGGGAAAGAGGUCUCCAGGGUCUGAUGGGCCAUCUUGGACCGAAAGGUGAGAAAGGAGACCAAGGGGUGCCAGGAAUGCUGGGACCCAAAGGAGACAAGGGUCCUAUUGGACCACCAGGGUCACCGGGUCCAAAGGGUUUGCAAGGGAUUCCAGGGUUUCCGGGAAGUAAAGGAACAAGGGGUCCUGGAGGUCGACCUGGAAGCCCCGGUGACAAAGGUGAUAAUGGGGCUCCUGGUCUUCCUGGGAGAGAUGGACCGCCAGGAUUGCCGGGACAACAGGGCCCCCCCGGGCCUUCAGGGUUACCAGGACCGGCAGGUUUACAGGGGCCUAGAGGACCUGUUGGACCCAUUGGCCCACCUGGUCCUCCGGGCCUCCCGGGGCUGCCCGCUCCGAUAUCUCCUGUAUUUUUUCAACCUCAGGGGCCACCUCACGUCAGCAAACCCACAGAACCAGCUCCAGUACCUACAGAGAUAGCACAAAGCUCAGUCCCUCAGCAGACUCAGGUCCCACCUCUGCACACCCCAAACCCAAACCCAGGAUGUCCAACUGGCUUCAGGAGGUUUAGGGACAGCUGCUACUUCUUCUCCUCUGGUUCUCAGAGACUCAACUUUGAUCAGGCCAAACUCUUCUGCACCAACAUUUCCUCUCAUAUGAUCAUUAUCAACGAUGAGGAGGAACAGCAAUACGUGAAAACUUCUAUCGCAAAGAAAGGCUACUUCUGGUUGGGGCUCACAGAUAGAGAAGAGGAAAAUGUCUGGAAGUGGGUGGAUGGAACUCAACCAGAUUUCAACAUGUGGAAGCCUGGUCAGCCUGAUAAUUGGACCCAUGGUCAUGAGGAUGGAGAAGAUUGUGCAGGCCUCAUCCAUUUGGCCUUCUGGAAUGAUUUCUACUGCACUGACAGCAUCGGUUACAUCUGUGAACGAUCAGCUGACGCUGAAAUCCCAGUUUCAUAGCAACCGUUUCAGAUGUUCGGAGUGCUUUCUUGGACAGACGCUGAAGUUCAGACAGAGGUUGCAGACGUCAUAGGAAGGAGCGUGAGAUCACUGAAGGACUUUACUAAAGCACAUCCAGCUACUCAGUUCUGCUUGGCUGCCAUAGGAACUGAUGCUCAUGAUUGGAAGGACUGAACAUCUAAAUACGCUCCCAGAGAUGGGCGAGCACAGAGCGUCUCAUCAACAGCACGGAUGGGGCUGUAGUGUUCAUUCAGGCGACGCAAAGUCAGUGCUGCCAUUUACUUCUGUGUAAUUUUCUGUAAAUAGUACCCUUAGAAAGUAUAUUUUUGGUUGAUGUUUUAAGCUGCUGAUGUUAUGUAACCACUUUGUUAUUCUGUGCACUUGCCAAAAAAGUUGAAUUAAAUAAUGAUGAUGUAGUUUGUAUUAUUUAAAGCACUUCACUGCUGUUUUCACACGUGCAGAACCUGUUGAUCCACCAGUCUGCAGCGCCAUUUAAAAAAAGCACCAUGUCUUUUUUUUCUUUUUUAACGAAUUGUAAGAUUUUGUAUGUGGAGCACUGGUGAUGCAGGUGCAUCAUGGGAAAGCGAUAACUUGUACUAACCUCCUGUCUAGUAUGCAUAAACGCUAUGUAAACGUUUGUAACAUUUACAUGUCAAAAUAAACUGUCCUCUAUGAUGAAUGCAAUAUGCAAAACA